UAUUGACAUCGCGGUACAUUACAAAUUUCCAAGCAAAUUUCAAAUCAAAUUUAUACCAAGGCAGCUAAAAUAACUUGAGUAUUGAGUUCGUAAAGACUAGAGAGUAGAGAGUGAUUUAGAUAUAAACUAUUUUAGUACCGUGCUGUAUGUUCAACGCAUUUAGAUAGUGUAUAAUAAAUAAUUAUAGAUAAGACUUAUCUUCCAUUGCCCUCCCGUCCCUCAUUCCUCCACUUCUUAGCAGAAACACUACCUAAAGUGUGAUAGAGUUCGAAGUUAACAAAAAACGUGGUUAUUCUAUGGAGACAUACAAAUAAUUAAAUAUAAUUAUCUGCUAUAUAAUAAUAAGAAAUUAAAAUGGCACACUCAACUUCUUCUGGGAACAAUCUUAAAAGUGGAUUGAUUGACUUCACAGCUGGAUCACUAGGUGGAGUUGCUGUUGUAUAUGUGGGUCAACCGUUAGAUACAGUUAAAGUUAAAAUGCAGACAUUCCCUCACUUGUACAAAGGCAUGGUUGACUGCCUUAGACAAACAUUGAAAAACGAUGGCUUUGUAAGAGGCUUGUACGCGGGCACUACUCCAGCUAUCAUGGCUAAUGUUGCAGAGAACUCUGUUCUAUUCGCAGCAUAUGGCUAUUGCCAGAAGUUGGUCUGCAAGAUGACAGGCACAGAGAAAGUAGACCAAUUAUCAACAAUGGGUAAUGCGUCAGCAGGAUUCCUGGCAGCGUUUUUCUCAUCAUUCACCCUUUGUCCGACAGAGUUGAUCAAGUGCCAGCUCCAAGCAAUGAGAGAAGUUAAUGUGCAAGGCUCACAAACAGCUAUGAAAAUAACACCUUUACAAUUAACACAGCAGAUAUUUAGACAGUAUGGUAUCCAGGGUCUGUUUCGAGGAUUGGUACCAACUAUUAUGAGAGAAAUGCCUGGCUACUUCUUUUUCUUUGGCGGAUAUGAAGGUACAAGGGCUCUGUUAGCCAAGCCAGGGCAGUCCAAAGAUGAUAUUGGUUUCCUGAAGACAAUGGUGGCUGGCGCAGUAGGUGGCAUGGUUCUGUGGACGGUGAUCUUCCCAUCAGAUGUCAUAAAAUCUCGUAUACAGAUUUCAAAUGAGAAGCAGAAGUUCUUAACAGUUGGAAUGGAUAUAAUUCGUAAAGAAGGUACUUUGGCAUUGUAUAAUGGUCUCAAGCCGACGUUAGUGAGGACCAUUCCAGCGACUGCUGUGUUGUUUGUUGUGUAUGAAUAUUCAAAGAAAUUUAUGCACCAGUCAUUUGGUGACUGAAUGUAGAGAAUGAAUGUUUGAGUUUCACCAAAAUAUUUUUAUUGUAAAGAACUAUGGUUGUUAUUAAAUUUAUAGUUAUACAGUUGUGUUUA